AUGGCUGCUGCAAAUGAGACUGUAGUGACUGAGUUCAUCUUAAUCGGAUUUUCGGAAAACCCCAGAGCUCAGGCUGUAUUUUUUUGGUUCCUCUUGAUUGCCUACCUCAUUAGUGUACUUGGCAAUGGACUUAUUAUCCUGCUGAGUAUAAAGGAUCCUGACCUUCAUACUCCCAUGUAUUUCUUUCUUUGUGUCCUCUCCUCACUUGACCUUAUCCUUACUAACAAUGCACUUCCAGAUAUCUUGGUCAACUGCUUCAUUUACAUGCCCACAAUUUCCUUCUCCAGAUGCCUGAUGCAGAUGUACAUUGGUUUGUUAGUUGUCGCAACAGAAUGCAUCAUCCUGGCCAUCAUGGCAUAUGACCGCUUGGCAGCUAUAUGCCAACCCUUAUACUACAUGCAAAUCAUGAGCUGGAGAGUUUGCAUAGCCCUGGUGGCUGUCUCUGUAACACUUUCCUUCCUCAACACCCUGGUCACAGUCCUGUUGCAACCUAGUGACUUUUGUGGCCAACACAUCAUCAACCACUUUGCAUGUGAGUUACAGUCAUUCCUCAAAUUGGCUUGCUCAGAUACACAUAUCAGUGAGUUAUUUAUGCAUAUUUCCAGCCUUUUUCUCCUAAUACCUCCGUUUGGUUUCAUAGUUGUGACAUACGGGCGCAUAGGACUGGCUGUACUGCGCAUCCGUUCAGCACAGGGUCGCAAGAAAGCCUUUUCCACCUGCAGCUCUCACCUUGCUGUCGUCAGUGUCUUCUAUGGUACAAUCAUGAUCAUGUACUUGAGGCCACAAGGGAAAUUGGUUUCUGAAAAGGACAAGCUCAUAUCUCUAAUGUACGGAGCUUUGACUCCUAUGCUUAACCCUUUGAUAUAUAGCCUGAGAAACAGGGAUGUGAAGGGUGCCUUUUGGAAACUGGUUGGAAGGAAAAUAUCAGAAUAAGUAUCAAAACAUUAUGAAAAGGCCAUAGCUUUCAAUGACUUUUAUUAGCAUAGGUCUGAUCUGAAGAU